ACGACAAAAUAUUCCGAAAUACAACUGCAAAUCUGAUCCCUUAUAAUUCUAAUAAGAUUUCAACUAUUUAUAAGUUCAUUAUUAGUGAUCAACCUUCUUAUCUCACAGAAAAUGAUACAGUUAAAGAACCAAAGUUUCACGCUGAAUCCGAAGCUUAUAAUGACAUUAUCAUUAUACCAACAUCUGAGCAUGAUGAUAUUUUCGGAGCUAAAAUUUACAAGACCUUUAACUGGUUAAAUAAUCAUAAGUUUGAUUACUUAAUAAAGGCUAAUGAUGAUACAUUCGCUCGUAUGGAUACCUUAAUUCGUGAAUUAUAUGAAUUAGGACCUGGAAAAGAGCUUUACUGGAGAGGCUUUGUAUACUGGAAUAUCCCGUUAAAUAACGAAAAUCUUGUACUUCCAGUACUUCCACCUUACACGGAAAGUUCACUCUAUAUUUUAUCUC